AUUAAAACAGAACGAAAUAAAAAUUCUGGACUUUUGGAAAUGCAUGAACGACAAGUGAAAAAAUUGAAGGGCAGCCAUUAUGUGGCCACCCAUGGACGGCUGACCCCAGAUCCGCCGUAUGUGCAUUCGAAUCGCGGUUAUUCCGAUGGCGAGGAAUCGCAUUCGCAUCGUGCACCCUCCACUUACUCUGAAUACACAUUGACCCAUGAACGGAUUUCACCCCAAUCCCAGCAGUCGCAAUACAUCAAUUCAUCACGCAAGAAACGCUCCACGAACGGCAGUGGUGGUCAAUACCUGCAGCAUAGCUAUAACCACAGUCAAAUGGGCCUAUCCAGCUCACCGGAUAAUGGUGGGCCCCGUUCAUUGAGUGGUCCGCCGCCGACACGUCAACCGCCCAGGGCGCCCUCCGCCUUGAGCUAUGACCAGGCAGCAGGAGAUGCUGGCAGUGAUAUCUAUGUGACCAGUGCCGCCUAUAAAGCGCCCUCCGAGAUUAGCCGCUAUAGUCAUCGUCCAGUGUCACGUGGAGCACCGCGCAGUGUCUAUUCGGUGGCCAGCACUGCCAAAACGGGAAGAAGUGCCCGCUCGACUACCAAACGUGGAGCCAAAAUCGAAACAAUGUCGGCCCCCAAUCCAUUUUGUCCCAAUGUCAAGGGCGUUUGCUGUUUAAUGCUUUUACUCAACUUGGGCCUCAUAUUGGUCACAUUGGGUUUUGUUGUUGUGGUUCAGUUCUAUGAGCCCGUCUAUGUGUGGAUAUUGGGCAUUAUAUUCCUGAUCUUUGGCUUCCUCACACUGAUCGGCUGCAUGAUCUACUGUGUGUAUGUCUGCCGGGAUGCCAAAACGCCAUCGCAAGUGCGCAACGAGGAUUUGUAUUGGACGCGACAUUGGCAAAAGAAUAUCGGUUAUACACCACAAGAGAUCAACUAUAAGGCCGAUAAAUAUGAUAACUAUUCGGAUAGGUAUUCGGUUAGCAAGCUAAGUGGCAAAUAUUCGGAUCGCGAAAGCCAACGCUACUAAAAAAAAAAAAAACAAACUGGA